GACUACAAUAUAGCGUAGACACGCAAGGAGAUGAUGGCGGCGUGCUAUGGACUCGUAUCGGCUAGGCGCUAUGUUGGUUGGGGAGGAGCGCCCAUAAUCAAAGCCCCGGGGAUGUGAAGCGAUCGGGAGGGUUAGUCGUUGUUCCGCUAUAUCGACUAACUUUUAUAACAUAUUGUGUGAUAUAUUUAUGUCUCAUUUGAAUUUUGAUGGACCAAGUUUUACUUAAACUAGCAUUUUGAUAUAGUGGUUUCGGAAGUUGGUAAAGAACUAACCCUACUUUGUACGACUAAUGUGAACCCGACGAUUCAUGGAUGUUUGACGCAUUGACAUUAGAAACCUUAGUGACAUAAUAAUUCAAAUAAAGAAACCAAGAAGUGAUUCUUCCAAUUUUGUUGAAAUAAUAGGUACUUUUCUGUCAAAAUCCACUACCAUAUGUCCUCCAUAAUCUCAUCAUGUAGUCACCUGAUCUCUACAUCGACCAGACAAGCCGCAGCUCCCAUUUUAUCAUGUCCUAUAGGUUAAACCUCUAUUUCUUUGGCAAAUGAUAGCUUCGAGUAUCUUAUGAGCAGCUGGAAUGGCUAACAGAACAGAACUGGCUACCCUCCUGUGCAUUCCACUGUUCUCUCUCUUGUUACUUGAUGUGGUGGCUGGUAACUUCACAGGUCCUCACCAAAUCCGCCUUAGAUGUGGUGGCACCAGCACUGCCAUUGAUUCUGAUGGUCGAACUUGGGAAGGGGAUGCUAACUCCAAGUUAGCAUUGGAUGGUUUGGCAGCCAACGCGUCAUACCUAGACCCCUUGCUUCCCUCCCCAGUGCCUUACAUGACGGCACGCAUAUUUAGUUCCAAUUUCACAUAUUGGUUUGGUCUUAACCCUGGUCGUGUGUUCCUUCGCCUCUACUUUUAUCCUACUGAGUAUGCUGAUCGUGCUGCUGCAGAUGCCUUGUUUAGUGUCACUGCUGGGAUCCUUGUCCUUCUGAAUGAUUUUAAUCCUUCCCAGGUAGCUCAUGCGAUGGGUCGAACCUAUCUCAUCCUUGAAUACUCAGUGAAUGUUCCUUCGGGUGAUCUCGAUGUCACAUUUUCCCUGUCUCCUCACCACACCGGUUCUUAUGCGUUUGUGAAUGGCAUUGAGGUUGUGUCCACUCCUGAUAUUUUCACGAAACCUGCGCCAACAUUUUUAAAUGUUGGAAUCUCAGAUCCAUUCCCAAUCUCUGUUAAUAUAGGCCUUCAGACGAUGUAUCGUCUUAAUGUUGGGGGUGAGACAAUCUCCCCAAAAGAUGAUUCUGAAUUUUGUCGCACAUGGGGCAAGGAUUCCCCUUACAUUUCUGGAGACUCAGGCCUGAACUUUUUCAAGGAUGACACUGUAACCAUCAGUUACCCUCGUACCAUGCCAAGUUACAUAGCCCCAGUUGGUCUAUAUGAGACAGCAAGGUCCAUGGGGCUAAAGGGAUAUAUCAACUUGAGGUACAAUCUUACAUGGAUUCUACCGAUUGAUGCAGGAUUCCACUAUCUUUUACGGCUCCAUUUCUGUGAGAUCCAGCACCCAAUAACCAAGGCGAACCAGAGGACGUUCUUUGUAUACAUCAACAACCAGACAGCACAGAAGAUGGAUGUCAUUGUUUUGAGUGGAGGAAUUGGUGUGCCAAUCUACACCAACUACAUAGUUGGCCCAAUUGGUUAUGGUCAGACAGACCUGAGAGUUGCACUUCACCCUGAUGUUGAAACCAACCCAGAAUUUGUUGAUGCAAUUCUGAAUGGUCUUGAGGUCUUCAAGCUACAGGAUGUCAACAAAAGUAACCUUGCUGGAAUGAACCCUAUUCCCUGGAGCCACCGUGAUGGGGAUCCUCGUCUGGCAACCAUUGGUGGAGCUAUUUUUGUUUUGGUGGUGCUGUUGAUUGCCAGUUUGAGCAUGUAUAUUAUCAACAUACGAAAGAAAAGAGUUGAUCAUGGAAAUACGAACAAAGAGUUGUUAUUAGCCACCUUGCUCUCAAAGAAAUCCAACCUUUGCCACCAAUUCACGUUCUUGCAAAUCCAGGAAGCUACCAGUAACUUUGAUGAAGCCUUUCUCCUUGGCAAAGGCGGGUUUGGGAAUGUAUACAAGGGUGAGUUAGAUCAUGGAAUGAAGGUGGCAAUCAAGCGUGGAGACCCUCUGUCCCAGCAGGGUAUCAACGAAUUUCAGACAGAGAUUGAGAUGUUGUCCAAGCUCCGUCAUCGCCACCUAGUUUCUCUGAUUGGCUAUUGCGAAGACGAGAACGAGAUGAUCCUUGUGUGAGAUUACAUGGAAAAUGGUACCCUUCAAGAGCACUUGUAUGGCUCCCAAAAGCCACCUCUUCCAUGGAAGCAACGGCUUGAGAUCUGCAUCGGUGCAGCGUUGGGGCUGCAUUACCUACACACUGGUGCGAAGCAGACCAUCAUCCACCGCGAUGUGAAGAGUACCAACAUUCUGUUGGAUGGCAAAUGGGUGGCAAAGGUUUCAGAUUUUGGGCUGUCCAAGGUUAGCACAGACAAGGACAAAACCUAUGUGAGCACUGUUGUGAAAGGCAGCUUUGGAUAUCUUGACCCGGAGUACUUUCGAAGGCAGAAACUCACCAAGAAAUCAGAUGUCUUCUCCUUUGGGGUUCUUUUGUUCGAGGUUCUAUGCGCACGUCCGGUAAUAAACCCUGAACUUCCAGAGGAGCAAGUGAGCUUGCGUGACUGGGCACUGUCUUGCCGUAAGAAAGGCAUACUCAGUGAGAUUAUUGACCCCCAUCUCCAAGGGGAAAUCACCCCACAGUGCUUCAGGAAAUUCACAGAGACUGCAGAGCAGUGUGUUGCUGAUUACAGCAUGAACAGGCCAUCCAUGGGUGAUGUCCUGUGGAACCUCGAGGUUGCACUACAGCUGCAGGAGAGUGCAGAGGAAAACUGCGAAGAGACAGCAUUGAACGUGUUAUCAUCGCCUUUAACGACCAGGUUGCAACCAUCAUCCCGCUCAACUAUGAGCAUCUCUGGACAAAAGGCUGUCUUCUCAGAGAUGAUGCAUCCAGAUGGCCGAUAAGACCAAACUACCGUUUAGUAUUCUUCUCAAGCUUCUGUUCUCAUGUUUUAUAGGGAAAAUUGUUGGAGUUUAUAACAGUUAAUUUGAUUGUUAACGGACUGUCCUGUGAGAUACUGAACCAGUUGAUUAAUCUGUGUGUCCCACGUACACUCUUGUUUACCUUCCUUACAAUCCAGAGACUGGAAUAAUCUUCUGUAGUACACGGACUAAUUAGUAACUACUGUACUACAACGAGGACGCCAUUUGUAUGCAUGAUUCUGAAGAUGUCCUAAUCAUAUGAAGUUUGUUUUACCCUUUUUA